UAUCUCCAGAGAGAAUAUAAGGCCAGGUGCACAGAGAGAGAGGCAUUCAGAACACCUCUGAUCUUCAGCUCUACACCAGCCUGAGACCUCCACCUGUGACCACACCCAGCCACCUAACUGAGCAGAGCCAUACAACAGUGCAGACUCAGCAACUGAACCGCCAAGAUGAGCGAUGUGGAGUUGAAAAAUAUGGCCUUCGAGUCAGGAAUGGAACUGAAGGUCACAGGAGUCACCACACCGUGUUGCUCCCGUUUCUCGAUCAAUGUGGGCCACUCCAGAGAAAACAUUGCACUGCACUUUAACCCGCGCUUCCACUAUGGUGGUGACCAAGAAGUCACCGUUAUGAACUCCUGUAAGGAUGGGUGCUGGCAAGAAGAAAUGAAAGAGAAAUUCUUCCCUUUCCGGCUGAGGAUGGAGUUUGAGGUGACCAUUAUCUUCGCCGAUGACAAAUUUUACAUUAAUCAACAUAAUGGCCAUGUGGUGCAGUUCCCCAACCGUCCGGGUGACAAAGAAUAUGAUUACAUUUGGAUUGAAGGAGAUGUCACAGUCAAACGCAUACAUGUGAACUAAAGACCAAUCAGGAGCUGCUAGCCAUCCCUUUUUGGCUCCUGAUUUGCUGAUCUGCUUCUGCUUCCUGCUUCCUUCCUACAGCUGUGCUAUGACUGCACUUUGUCUCUCCCAGACAUCAGUGCCUUUAAUCUUGUGCUUCUCUGCAACAUUUAACAGACCCCCUCUGGCGUCUGUCCAAACUCACUGAGUAUGAGAAUCAUUCCAGCUUCAAUAAUAAAUCUCUGUAAUGAGCAAAUUUA